AUGGUCUCCUUUCACUCAUUUAUCGUCACUUUGAUCGCGCUCGGCGUGUCUGCGGCUCCAGCCCCGCAAGCUUCCGGUAACCCCGAAACCCCCACGGAACCGCGCUGCGACGGCGUUCAAUGCCCAGCGAAUUCCGUCUGCAAAGUUUUCGACUUCAAUCUCGAAAAGCCUGUCGGCUGCUUCUCGGAAGGACCAGUACCGCCGGAGACCGAGACUUGCGGCAGCGUCAUCUGUCCCAUUGGAACAUCCUGCUGUAACCCCACCUGCGGAGUGUGUGCAAAGCCGGACGAAUCAUGCUUGCAAUGGGUUUGCGACUCACCGGUUCUUCAUUAA